ACAAGUUCAGACGCAUUAAACGGUCAGUCACAUCCGACAGCUUCAUCGAGCAUGUCGACGCUGAAUGAAAUGCCAGUGGAGCCACCCAUGACGGAAUCCGCGGCGUUCCUUCAAGCGCAUCCAUCGUCCCCCCCUCAUCGAUCGCCGCACACGCCGUUCCAGCUCAAGUUUACAUGCGUGGGGCACAAGAAGGCCAUCUCGAGUGUCGAGUUCGCGCCUACCGGCCACAUCCUUGCCAGUGCAUGUACGUCUUCCUCCAUUUACGAUGAGGAGGAAGAACACAUGUUCUGAUGCAUGCUCCCCGUUGUGGUUGUGUAGCCCCGGAUAAAACGGUCAAGUUAUGGGAUGCCUCGUCCGGGUCCCUCAAAACAACCCUCGAAGGCCACGACCAAGGGAUCUCAGACAUCUCAUGGUGUCAAAACGCAAAAUACGUCGCAUCUGGCUCGGACGAUCGGACCGUCAAGACAUGGGACGUCGAGCAGGGCUGCACCGUCGCGACCCUCCGUGGGCACACCAACGUGGUGUUUUCAGUCAACUUCAACCCGCAAGGGACGCUCAUUGCGAGUUCUUCGUUCGAUGACAGCGUGCGCAUUUGGGAUUUUCGGACUGGUCGCAUCGCGCGCAUGAUUCCCGCGCAUUCCGACCCGGUCACGGCCGCGUCGUUCAACCGCGACGGCACGCUACUCGUCUCGAGCAGCUACGACGGGCUGUGCCGAAUAUGGGACGUGGCCUCGGGCCAAUGCCUCAACACGCUGACGCUGUCCACCGACGCCACUUCCAACGACCCGAUCGUGCCCGUCUCGUUCGCGCGCUUCACUCCCAACGGCAAGUUUGUCCUCGUGAGCACGUUGGACGGGAAGCUGCGGCUAUGGGACUACGUGCGGUCCCGCGUGCUCAAGACGUACAGCGGCCACGUGAACGCGUCGUUUUGCAUCUUCUCGGCGUUCUCGGUCGUCGGCGACAAGCCGCAUGUCGUGAGUGGUUCCGAGGACGGAAACGUCGUGCUGUGGGACGUACAGACCCAGUCCAUUGCGCAGAUCAUCCCCGCACACACGGACGCCGUCCUCGCGGUCGCCGCCAAUCCCAUGCGACCCAUGCUCGCGACCGGCGCGCUUGAAAAAGACAAGACGAUCAAGGUCUGGGAAGCUUGACAGACUGGAUGCAUGUGGGUGGGUGAGUGUCGACGAGUAUGGCGGCAGAGAGGGUCCGCCACGCCCUACGAGGCUGCCGAUGCAUGAGGAGGACUACGCUCGUCCGGUCUGCACACUCAUCCACUGUCCGAGAAGCUAGCCGGAACGCCACUGCCGCGUUUUGGGGGCUGUGUAGGUGGUGGUGGUCGGGGUAGCAAUUUACUAACUUAAGUGGGGUCCAACACUGUUGUGGUUGCCCAGCGCCCUCGACGAUGUUCGGUCGUUUGCAUGUUAUAUGGUGCAUUUCAUCUAAAGACUACAGAUGGGCCAUCCUCAAGAGGAGACGUUUUACUAUUAAACGCCUCGGUUAUUUCAGUUAACCCCCCGUAAUGUUGACGUUAAAUUAUUUUUACUUACGUUUUUUAUCUGGUAAAUAGGUUAAACAUCCUGAAUAAUCCGGAU